AACAUUUUGAUCUGCAUUCUUUCUGGUUUAUAUCAUCUGUCUAUGGCGCCCACAGCCGCAAUGCUAAUCCUGAUCUCCCAUCGCAACAAGCCUUCUCCAGUUUCUUCUUCUUCUUCUCCACCAUCAGUAUCAGCUGUGGCAGCAUCUCUUGAGAUGAAGGUCUCUGAAAUGAAGAUGUUUCUGCGAAGAAGAUAUGGGUGCCAGACCAAAGAGCCAACAAUGGGGACUGACCCUUUAUCUUCUGCGGAUUCUGCAUUGGAAAAAAGGUUCCGCGAAGCCCUUGAACUUGGCUGCUGUUAGACCGGUGCAUCUCACUUCUUGCUAUGCUGUUCUUAGGGCUAUGUUGGUAGAACAGAGGCUUUCUGUAAAUUGUAAAUGAUGUUCAUAUUCAUAGAGGCUGAGUAUCGCCCCAUUGCUGUUGUAUAAAAGAUGUUAUAACAGAAGCCUUAAAUCCA